AGCUGACAUCCGACCGACCCGACCCAAUUCUUUCCCAGUCCUCGUGCUCCUCUCCUCCACCUACCUCUCUCUCGCGAAUCGAUUCUAGGAUGCGCCGCCGGCGGGUGUCCGCCGCCGGUCGCCUCCACCGCCUCUAGUCACUGAGCCAACUGCGUCUUGCGCCCAUCCACUGGAUCUCUACCCGCGUCCCACCGUUCCGCUCCUGAGAGCGAGGCCGCGGCUAACCCUAGCAGUGGGGUUUGGCAUGGUCGCCGCCGCGGUUCGCUCGCCGCCACGCCUCGUGCUUCUCCCGUACGCCAUCUGCGGCAUGCUUCUCACCCCCGCCCCCGUGCUCCUGCUCCCCCGCCUUUGUGCCGUGCGGCUUGGCGCCGACUGCGUCGAGCCCUCAGACGACGCCAUCCACCCCAUCCCGCGCGGGGUGGCUGCGCUACACCCCGCCGCGGCCGCCUCGAGGACCGCAACAUCGCCAGGGACCACGACAUUCAGGGCCUCCUCGUCGACAACCAGCGGUUCGCAUGGAGCAUCGCCGACCAGACCACGCGCAUCGAGGCCGAGGCGCACACCGUCGCCGGCGAGGGUCGAGGUCCAGCAGGUCCUCGCCGACGUGCGGGUGAUGGCUGCGUGUCCUCAGCGAGCAGCUAGGGCGUACCCAGUCCGAGUUGGCCAAGGCUGGCAACAUCCGCAUCCAGGGAGAUCGAGAAGGGCAGAGGUUUCGGGGAUGGACCUCGACUGCUCCAACUUGAUGUUGUUGCAAGGAAGUAGAACCAUCUUCCUCAAUUUGCUCCCUUCUUGGUUUCUUAUUUCCUACAUAUUCCGUGUUGUACUGAGUACUAAUUGUAUAUGAGUUCAUUCCUCUUUUGGCGAUUAGAAAUGUCCAAUAUUGAAAUAUUUGAAAAAUAUUGCUCUUCUUGUGCUCUCCUCACACUACCCAAUCACAAACUUUUCAAUUGGUUCAUGUGGGAUUACUGCCUCUCAAUAUGCCAUCAAAUAUAAUGACAGUCUACUUGAUUUGUGUGUUUAGGGUUGUUAGGAGCUAUUUAUUAUCUAGCGCAGUGCCUGUACCUGAUCAAGGUAGAUAAAAACUAUAAGUUCUGAGCUAUGUUUUUGUUUGCUUCUGGUAAUGGGCUGUCCUUUUUUUUUCAAAUCUGUGCUUCUAAAAUGAACUUUGGGUAACCUUUUACCGCGGUCGCUACAAGUAUUGCAGUUCUUUUAGUCCCAGAGAGAAGCCAAAAAUAUCCGUGGAACGUCUCGCCCUUAGGGUUAUUGGAACAACACUGACUAAAUUUGAGCACCAACACAUUUUAAAAUACAAUGCGCACUUCCUAUCUCAUAGCCGUGGAAUUCCCUUAGCAUUGUACUUGUGCAAUAUGCCACUUUAGUCCCACUCUGUUUGAAAUGAUUUUGUUUUUUCACUUGCAUACAGUAGUUGGAUAAACAUCAUCAAUCAGCACCAUAACUGAUACAUAGGACACCACUGGUGCCUGAAGAAUCAAUACUAGUAAUAUUAGUUGACAAAUGUACAUUCUGGUGCCGGUACUAGGAUUGGCAGUCCGUUUUCCACCCAGGCUAGAACACCUGCAUCCCUCAACCAUAUUCACAUCACAGGUUAGAUGAAUGAGUCUGUUAUUCCUUUGGAUGAUACCAGGUUGAAUCCAUGGUCAUGACAAGGGGAAUUGGGGCUUGCACCAAGAUAUGAGGUCUGCUAGCUUUGCACUUUAAUCUCUUCAUAUUAAGAACAUCAUGGUUACUACACACUCCCAUUAACCGUAGUACUUCACACCAAAGAAAAAAGCUAAUGCUCAAAGACUCCAGGUUUGCCUUUUUUAUACAUAUAUGUUUCAUCACGAGUCGUCAGACUAGCUCAAAAAAGCAUAUAGACAUAUAUAUACUACCGGUACUUGUACGGUGAAGCAGACACAAGAAAUGCAGGCUCUAAUUAAUUCUCACAUUAAGAAAUUUUGCUUUUAUUCUCAAUAUAAUAUGCCCAAGUGUACUUAGGUCAAGAAACACAUCAUUUCCUGUAAUAUGUUAAAUGCAUGGCUAUACUGGUUAACAAAGUAGUCAGCGGAUAACUGACAUUUAUUUACUAUUUUCUGGAGGACAAGAUUAUGCUGCGUGGGGGAAAGGUAAUGCAGUCAUUUCCAUCUAUGAACAUCGUUGAUUUAUUAUUUCUUACAUAUCCCACAUCAUACUAAGUGCUGAUUGUAUAUCUCGCAAGCUCUCAACAUUCUCCCACACGCCAUUUUAUCAAUCGCAAAUGUCCCCUUGUAGGACUGCAGGUAGGGUGUGUCUCCAAGAUAUUUGCGCUUUAUAGCUACAAUUUCUUUUUUCGAAGACGAAAAAAAGGUCAAAUUUUAACUGUCAUGUAUAGCAACAACCAUUUAGUCAUCCUAUGUUAAAUGCAGAACAAAUCUCAAGUUCCCCAAGAUCAGAUUCGUUACAAAAAUUAAUAGUUCAAGUCUGUAGGUAAAUGUGUGAUUGUUAUCCUUCAGGAGAAUCAUACUCUUACUUGAAACUUGAAAGAUACAAAUAUAGUUUGUAAUUCAAUCAGAAUGCACGAGAACUAUCCAUAAUAUUUCUCGUUCUCUUGCUUGCUGCGCAUUCUAACCAAUCUCGUAUGGCAUUACAACACGCUUGGGAGCGUUAUUCUUCAUCGCCGUACAAUAUAUUUGUUCUUGUUGUUUCUUUGGUAAAAGAUUUUGAACAAUUGAAAUUAUUCAUUUAGUAAAACAAAAAAGGAAUUUUAUUAGUUUAAUAAACCAUGGCCAUGUCCAAUUUAGAUUAAUACUGUUAGAUUUUUACAAAGCUGUAUUUUAUAUCUUAUAGCAGUCUUAUGUCCAUGAUUUUUUAAAGCUCUAGCAUUAUCAAUUUCCCUCCUCUGCAGCUGUCAAACGUGUUGUCUUUAACAUAUAUAGAUAUGCAUCCUACAAAGAAACAAGUAUAUAGUAUACUUAUUGGUUUCUCUUGACUCCUUUCAUGCCUGGAUUAUUUGACAUAUUCUGGAUUCUGCAUCACCAAAUCUGUAAACAUCUUGGUGUAUGGUCCAUCCCACUCCUUUGUCUCUUGCAUUCCCUUUUAUUACACAAAAGUAGGUUCUGUUGUUUACUUGCUUUGCUUUGUGAAAGCAUAUAGAACACUACAUGAUAACGGUGAGAGAAUAGUUUCAAGCUUAUUUGGGAGUAUUAUUCAUUCUCAUGAUGAACCUUUUCAUAUUCGUCUACUGUUAUUUAGUUAUUAUUUUUUUGUUACUAAUGUAAUAGUACUUCUUUCAUCUGAGGUCUGAACCAGAAAGGUCUGGAUGAGAAGCUUGUUCAUAAUUUUGGUUCAAUACAUCAACAUCAACAUAAAUUAUAUAGAUGGUUAUUUAUCUAAUGGCAUUCUGGCUAUACUGUAAUGCAAAACCUGAGUUGCUGGCAAAACAACCUUCAAAGAUAUAGUUGUUUGUGAUCUGGAUAAGGUUAAAUUUAAUCACGGAAAAUAGACAUAUGUGUUUGUUAGUUGUGCACCAAGUUUUUGGCAUAUGUAAAGUAAUCAGUACCUACUUUGACUCUUUGUCAUGAAGCAAAAUCAGAUAUAAACAGAGACAUGCUUCUUAGUUCGAACUCAGGAUAUAAAUGACUUGAUUUGCUUGAGACCUUACAGGAUAAUGCUUAAUGUUUGGAUUCCAACUCAAAAAGUUUUGACAACAUGCACUCUUCCUGAAUGACAAACUAUAAACAGAGACAUGCUUCUUAGUUCCAAGCUUUUAGGACCUUUGCACCACAAGCUAAAACAUGAGGCCCAAUAAACAGGGUCAUCGAGUACCAACCAGUGCCUAAGCUCACUGGUUUUUACUAUAAAUGUGUAUACUUUUUAUUCUGUAUACCAAGGUACCUAUGUACUUGAUAAAUAAUGUGUUACUACUUACUAGUUGCUGCAAUUUGAUUUUAUUUUCGCAAUGGGUAAUAUGUCUACUUCCCUGAUAUAAGAAACUAAUAUUUGGCCUAUUACCUGUGUAGAACCAACUAAUAUUUAGUUGCUACAAAUGAUUUUAUUUUGUACUCUAAUAUCUUUCCUGUAAUAGGCUCCAGAAAGCUUUUGACCUACUGAAUUUGUAAGUGCGAAUAUUAGACGAUUUUCUUCACAUUAUUGCUGCAAUUGGAUUUUAUUUUCGCAAUGGGUAAUAUAUCUACUUCCCUGAUAUAAGGAACAUAACUACUUCUGUGUUUAGUCUGUUUAUUCUAGAUGUGAUGGUAGGAUGCUGACAUUGGAGGAACAAGCAAGCGAGUCGGGAACAAAGAGCCUUGUUGGUCAGAUAAGUAAGAUGGAAGCCAGUUAGAUGAACCAUGUUAGAUGAAUCUUGUUGUGUAUUUUAUCUAAUGGUUUCAAACCAUAUUGUUCAUGAUGUGGCGAUGAACACUGUUGGUCAUGGAAGUUAAUUAGAUGCAUGGAUUGUGAAUCCUUGAAUGUUUCAAAAUGUUGGUUUCAAACCUAGAUUGCUUGGAAAUAUUGGUUUUAAACA